CAGAACUCGAGAUGUCUGUUCCUCAGGUGUCAGACGGACCUGCUCGAGAGGUCAACAGCACAUCAAGCUGAGCCUUGAUGAUGGCCUCCAGUCUCUGAGCUUCAGCAGCCAGAAAGCCGAACAGGUCAUUGUUCAACAACAGAUGUGGCAGGCGAAGAUUGACAAAAAGUUGGAGGAAAAGAUGGCACGUCUCCAGGCUGAGGCCAUUAAAAAGGAGGAGAAGAUCAGAGCUGCUGAACAGAAAAAGAGAAGUCAGAUGGAGGAGAGGACCAGGAAGAAGCUGGACAAGAUACACAAGGCAGAGCUGAAGGAGAAGAAGAGGAGGGAAGCUCUGAAGAAAAAAGAGGCUGAACAACUGGAGAAAAAGCGAGCAAGAGAGGAGAGGGGUGAGACCAGACAGUCAAUAUUUUGUUUCUGUUUCAGGAAAUCUUCCUAA